CUUCUAUUUAUUUAGUUUGUCAAAAUGAAUGACUUAAAUCUGCGCGUGGCUGCCCUCAAAUUGUGCGCGCAUCCCAAACGCUUUGCCGAGAUGCGCGGCGCACUUGUCCCGCUGCCGCCAAAGUGGUUAAAUUCACAAGUCGACUACGUGCUGAAAUUCGCGGCAGCCACAAACUGUGCCAAACAAAUGUCUAUUGUUAAACAAAUCUACGAGGAGCCACAGGCCUUCGGCUUUCUCGCCGAUCUGCUAUUCGUGUGCCCUCUAAAGCAUCCCGUGCGCGGUGUUGUCACCAGGCUCUUCUCGAACAGCGAGUGCACCAAGAGGGGCAAAACAACCCAUACUAAGGAAAUUUUACUGAGCGCCCUGCGAGCUGCACUGCGCUACCUCGCGAUGAGCAUCAAUAAUAGCACCGUGCACGCCGACUUCCUGAACGAUGUGUUCGUCUCGGUUAGCGCUUGCCUGCACAAUUUCCCGUUUGGCCGCGAUGCGCUCGCCCAGGAGAUAUACUGUUUUAUACCAUUGGUGCCCAAGGCAUUGCGCCUGUACUGGACGACCAUCAGUGAGCAGGGCGCGGAGCUCUCGCCGACACGUCGCAAUGAGUUUUAUUUAUAUAUACAGAAUCUGUUGCGCUUCCAUGUCAACUUUAUGACUGAGUACAAAUUUCAGCUGGUUGUGGAGCGUUGCCAGCAAUUGCGGUUCAUCGAUGAGGUGGCCGAGUGCGUGGCCCGUAACGUGGACACGCCGUGGGAUGUGCGCGCCAUAGCCGGCCUGUCGAUCGGUCACAAUGCGCGCCUGUUCAAUGACUUUGAUGAAUACCUGACCAAAUGCCAGGAGCUAAAUGAUUUUAACGAUCUGCCCAUUAAGGCAGCAUCGCUGUUGGUGCUCCAAAAGAGCGACUAUGCCAGCCGUUCGGCACAGGCAUUGGACAUAUUGAAGCGUGUUUUGGAUCAGGUCAAGGGCUCUGCCAGUAUUACCAAUUUUCUGGUGUAUUUAUCCAAGCACCUGCACACCUAUUCCAAAUCUUUGGCAUUCAUACAGCUGCAGGAUCGUGCACAGAUCAUGUAUUGCCUGAUAUUGGCCAUGCUUAUGCGCUUCUCCCUUGAACACAUCUCGAGCAGCGUCGAAUCGAUUCGUCACAUGUGCGCCAAUAUGCUGCAUCAAGUGCUGCAGCAUGCCAAUGCCGCCGGGCAGACGAACAUCAUUGGACAGGUCUAUGCACAGUUCGAGCGUCAUCGCAUGCCACUCCCAUCUGUCUGUCUAAUGCUGCAGCAGCUGGUCGAGGUGAUGGGCACCAAAUCAGUGCUGCAAAAUUGCCCCAGCAUCUUUGAUAAAAUGUUUCCCGCCUAUCUGGGACUGGAGGAUAGCGUCAAUUCCCUGUUCAAGUGCAUGAUGACCGUUGCACACAGGGAAGAAGAAUCGAAGGAUUGGCUGAAUAUUUGGUGCACGGCUCUCAUUAAGGCGGCACAGCCGUGCGACGAUCGUCUGGCGUCGAUUGAGCGGCUCAUCAAGUCCGCCGUACAGCUGGAGCCGGAUGUGCUGCCGGAGGUGCUCAAGCAGCGUAAUCUGCCAUUUAGCACCAAAUUGGCGGCCCUGUUGACGGCACGUCGUCAUGGCCAGCAUCGUCUCGUCAAAUCGCUGAUGGCGGAGCACAUUGAACAGAUAAGUGCGGCCCUCAUUGGCGUGGAUGACAAUACGCGCCUGCUCGCUCUCUGCUUUGUGGUGGAGACGCCGCGGCUCAGCGAGCCAUACACGCGCUUCGAGCUGGAUUCGAUUAUCAGUUAUCUUCAGAACAAUGCCAACAAUCCCAGCGCCCAUAUGCGUCAGAUUGGGCACGGGCUCAUGCAGAAGGCGGUCAAGCGUUUGGAACACAAUUUGGCCCAACAGAUCAGGGAAACGACGACUGUUAGUGAGGAUCACAUGUUGAUUAACUUUUUGAACACACUGUUGAAUAUGUUGGCCCUGAAUUUGUUUCCCACCGCCAACUAUGGACGUCGCUGGCUAUCGAUGCGCAUAUUACGCGACUGCAUCGAAAUGCUGGAACGUCUGGGUAUGUCCUGGCUGGAGAGAAUGCCGCCGCAAACGUUGCCCUUUGUGGAUCAUUGCCUGCGCGACAGUUAUGAGCACAACAAAUUGCAGGCUGCCCAUUUGUUGGCCAAAUUGCAGAAAUGCUCACGCCAGCAGCCCGCUGAAAUGAUGGAGAUGCUGCUAUCGGCGCGUCCGCCAGACUCCGCCACUGGCGCCUACCAGCUGCAGGUGUAUUGCAAGGCGGCUGAGGUGGAAACGCCGCUGCCAGAGACACUGGACCUGCCCAAGCAUCAUCCACGCUAUUAUGCCGCCCUGCAGCUGUGCCUGCAGCAUCUGCGCGCCGGCAUUGUCCUCGCGCAGACCGAUCUAACGUUGGCGGCCAAGACGAAUCCACUGUACGGCCUGCUCUUCGCCAGUCGCCAUUUGCUACAGCAGCUGGAGCUAAAACAACUGGCCGAGGAUAUACUCUGGCGUCAAUACGUGGAUCAGUUGUUGCAUCUCUGCAUAACGAUCAGUGACAUUGUGCUGCCCGUGGUGGGCAGCGAGUCGCCGGAAGGCCAUUUGCCUGGCGAAUGGGCCAGGCCCACAGAGGAGGAGGAUGACCCAAAACUGGAGUCCAAACAGGAGCUGGAUACGCUGUCCAUAGUGCCGCAGCUGGUGUUGUUGUGCGCCUGGCGCAGCAUCAAGGAAAUAUCCCUUCUAAUGGGCGAACUGGUGCAGCGUGCACCGCUGCAGCAGGAGCGCAAACAGCACUAUCUGCUCAGCCAGGAGCAGGUGGCAAUAAUUGGCGAACAAUUUCUGUUGCUGCUCGCUGAUAUUAAGCACCGCGGCGCCUUUGAGCAGGCCUAUGUCGGCUUUUCGCUGCUCUGUCGACGUUUCUGGCAUAGCGAUGAGCCGGCAUUGAAUCAAUUGCCGCCCGUUUGGCUGGACGAGGCCAUGCAACUGGUUGUCGGCGAUGGCGGCAAAGAUUUGUGCGCGACAAGACGCAGCGCCGGCAUGCCCUACAUGCUGCAGGCGCUCAUCUGCACCGAGCUCAAACUGGGCACCCAUCAUACGUUCAGCAAGAGCAUGUCCCUGUUGCUCGAUGUCUGUGAGCGUCGUGGACCAGGUCCGGAUGCGGCCGUUGCCCGUAGCCAUGCGAUGAACAUAAUGCGUGCGCUCUUCCGCUGCAGCGAACUGGCCGAGCUGGUGGGCGAGUUUGUGGGGCGUGGCAUUAUGUGCGCCUUGGAGAGCCUGGUCGCCGUCGAAUGGGCCGAACGCAAUAGCGCCACAUUAAUGCUAUCUGCCCUGAUGGUGCGCAUCUUUGGCGUAGAGCGCGCCCGCACCGAUCUGGGCGAGCUGCACGUGCGCAAUCGCAUGACCGGACGCAUCUUCUUCACACGCUAUCCCCAGCUGUUUGAUUACUUUCAUGCUGGACUCAAGCAGGCGGCGGAAGAAGAGCAGACAUCGGGUGGCCACACAGUUCAACUGGAGGCCACGCUCCAGCUGCUCAGUCGCCUCUAUCCAUCCUCCAUGGAGGGCGCCGAGUCCAGUUUAAAUCUCAGCGAAUUUGUGCCUUUCCUGCAGCAAAUCGCUUGCGUGCACGAUAAUACGACACGCUACCGAGCCAGCCAGGUGUUGGCCAACUUCGUGAACGCCACCACGGCCAUCAAGCGUAUACGCCGGAUUGCGAUGGUCUUCAAAGUGCUUAACUUUAGGCACAAGAAGCAUGGCACUCUACCGAAAGAUUUAAAUAAAUUGCAUGGCAUAACGCUGCAAUUGAUGGAACUGUAUCGAAUCGCACGCUGGCAGGAUGUGAGAUUGAUCAGCACAACGAUGUACAUGCUCUCGUUGGCCGCCAUCAAGAUAUAUGAGCACAAUAUGUUCAUAUUUAAUGCCAUACUGAAUGUACUGAUUGCCAUUAUGCAGGAUGCACAGGAUGGCAAAUACUUUGGCGUCGCGCUGCUCAACGCUCUGCUGGUCGUCUAUGAGCUGGACCAUGAGGCCGUCUAUAAACGUUGUGAGCUGCACGCGAUUUCACCGAAAUUCUAUGUGCUCUUUGGGCUACAUUUGCAGCGGCUGACACAGAAGCCGGAAAACCUGCUGGAGACCAUGCAGAAGUUGCUGGUGCAGCCGGAAAAUCUGCCAUCGACAUUGCAGCAGUUGAAGAUCGAUUUGUGGCUUUAUGUGCUCAUCCAACAAUCGAAUGGAUGCAGCAAAACGCGCGGCCUUGUCGAAAGCUACGAGGUGAAGCACUUCCAGUUCGAUCCGGAUGUGAUGCUCUAUUAUAAGUCGCUGUCGCCAGCUCAACGUCUGGCGCUGGCAGCCCAAUUACGCGAAUCGGACGAUGUGCAGCAGCAUGUCAUGAAGAUCGCUGCGGUCGUUGAACGCGGCCCACGCUGGGCGCCCGGCAUGGCUGGUCGUGUCUACGCCCUGCUGGCCAUGCUGAACAAACUGGAGCUGACCACCAAGCAGCUGCUCGAACGCGGCGGCUUCGACGCGGAGCCGGGCAUCGUCAUCUGCAUAACGCGGCACAUCAUGCAGAGCGGCAUGCGGCAGCAGUAUCAGCCAUUGUGGCUGCCACUGAUACGCUAUGCCCUCCACAUAGCGGCACCCAAAAAGAAGUCCUAUCUGCGCUACAGAGCUGCCCAGCUACUGGAUCGCCUCACCGUGCAUGUACAGCAGGUUCUGUACUCGGACGAUGCGGACAUCAUUGGCAACUAUAUACGUCUGGUGCUGCAGCUCCUGGUCGACGAGUCGGAGCUGGUGCGCAAUUAUACAUCUGAGAUGGUAUCCAGCUGCAUGGGCCUCUAUCUGGCCGGUGAUCUGGCGCUCGGUGAUGUCUCAACCGUUAGCCUGCUGCCCAUGGCAGCUGAGAAGUUCUUUCUGCAGCACAUGCUCGACGGCCUGCAGCGAUAUAAGACAAAUGGCAGCUUUCUGAUAGCCAUAUUUAAUCUGAUUGUCGAGCCGUUCGUUAGCUCCGAGCUGCUGGUCAAUCGCACUGUGGAUGAGGAUUCAAGCAAGGCGCUGAAUGGUGACGAUGACGCCGAAGUCUUCGAUAAGCAGGAACUCAAUCUCUACUGUGAGGGACUGCGCGUUGUGUCGCAUGUCGCGAAGAGUUUUAAGAUUGCAUUUGCCAACAAUAGGGAGCUGACCACCGCCCUCAACGCCUUGGAGAAAUUGUGUUCAUAUAACGGGUUUGGCGAUCAGCCCAUUCCGCCCAGAAUUAUAUCGUAGGCGUAUUGCUCGAAUGAUCUAAGGAGAGAGCUAAAGAGGCUUUACUAUUAGUACAAAAACAAUUGUAUUUUAUAUCCGAUUGGAUUUUCAACACAUUAAAAGUCAUGUACUUAUAAAAUAUAUAUACAAGCUUUAUUGAAGCUAAAAAUUAAA